UAAAGUUGGGAAAAAUCACGAUUUCCGGUAUCCGAAUCAGAAGAGAAAAAGAAGAACGAGAAGAAGAAGAAGAAGGCAAAACGAGAAGAAAUCAUGUCUUCCCUUGCAGCUGCUAGAGCAGAUAACUUUUACUAUCCUCCAGAAUGGGAUCCAAGUCAGGGUGGUUUGAACAAGUUUCAUGGGCAACAUGCUUUGAGAGAGAGGGCGAGAAAAAUAGAUCAAGGCAUUUUGAUUAUAAGGUUCGAAAUGCCUUUCAACAUAUGGUGUGGCGGGUGCAACUCUAUGAUUGCAAAAGGUGUACGGUUCAAUGCUGAGAAAAAGCAAGUGGGGAAUUAUUAUUCUACAAAGAUAUGGAGCUUUACCAUGAAGUCUGCGUGCUGCAAACAUGAGAUAGUCAUUCAGACAGACCCGAAAAAUUGCGAAUAUGUGAUCAUUAGUGGGGCUCAGCGGACUGAAGUGUAUGAUGUUGAGGAUGCUGAGACAUUAGAACUCCCUGCUGAAGAAGAAAGAGGCAAGCUUGCAGAUCCAUUUUAUCGUCUUGAACAUCAAGAGGAGGAUUUGAAGAAGAAAAAAGAAGCUGAACCAGUACUAGUUCGGCUUCAGCGCGUAUCUGAUGCCAGGCAUUCAGAUGAUUAUGCCCUCAACAAAGCUCUACGUGCUAAACUUAGAGGUCAAAAGAAGAGGGUUCUUGAAGAAGAAUCUGCUUCAAGGAAAAUGGGCCUAAGCAUUCGACUCCUGCCGGCAAGUGAAGAAGAUGGUGCCUCUGCUGCAGGAGUCAAAUUUCCUUCCAAGUUUGAGAGAAACAGGAAAGAUAAGAGAGCUUUGAUUAAAGCUGCUUCAAUCUUCCCCGGAUCAUCUGGAUCAUCCUCGUCCAAUAAGAAGAGGUUGGAGCUAGAGUCCAAGAGAAGGAAAAUCUGUGCAGCUGCAGCUUCCAACUUAUUGACAGGGGGGAUUCAAGCCGUCAUCAUGGUCACACAAUGCUGUGAAGAAGAGUGCUUCCUCCAAUGCACGGAAAUUUUAGCUCGAGUUUUGGUACUGAUGCUUCAAUUCACAUAUGUUUAAGAAGAGCUGGGAUGGAUGGAUUCCAAUCUCGUGUUUCUUGUGCAAGAUUGUGGUGGAUCAUGUGUAUAAGUUUGCGUCUAUUGCUAGUUGACUUUCCUCUUUGGUCAAUA